CCUCAUGAGGAGCAGAUCCCUCUCUGCCUGUCUCAGUCCAGAGCUCUCCAGACUCAGUAAGAGGUUAAUCCAUGCUGGAGCUCAGGUCUCUGUGGGAGGAUUGUUGAACUCUAUCUGAAGAAUAAAAGAAGGAUCGACUUUUCUCUCUCUGAAGAUCUCCAGAGUCCUGAUGUCACAUUCCUGAAGUUUCAGGCGAGCGAAGAGGCCGCAGAGAGAGUAUUCUUCAUCCCCUCGCCGCCUUUCUUUAUCUGAGAAGGAGAAGAAGAAGAGGAGAGGGCUCGUGUUUGUUUGGAAAUGACUUCUCUGUGUAUGAGAAAAAAAGGAGGGAGCUGAGCUGAGGUCAAGGCCUUUCUCCUCUCCCCCAGGAGUCACAUGUCAGAGUGAGGCAGAGCCUUGGGUUGCUAUCACGACACAACUUAAAUACUCGUAUCCUCGGUCUGAGAAGAACCCCAGACCUGGUCUCUGAGCUGAGAGGAUCACAGGAAACUCCCUCUCUCAGGUAAAGACGCUGAAUCCUUUCAAGACAUCCUUUUUCAAAAUGCCGGCAAAGACACCGAUGUACUUAAAAACUACGACUCCCAAGAAAGGGAAGAAGCUGAAGCUGCGUGACAUCCUGUCGGGGGACAUGAUCAGCCCCCCGCUGGGCGACGUGCGUCACAGCGCCCACGUUGGUCCUGAGGGCGAGGGGGACAUGUUUGGAGACGUGGGCUUCCUGCAGGGGAAGAUGAGCAUGCUGCCGUCCCUGACUCGAGCGCAGAACGGACACUCACGCUCUCACAGCGUGGAGAGAAACCACGACGACUUCAUCUCCAAGGAGGACGCUCACAACUACGCCUACAACGGCUUCCACUACCAGCACACCUCCACCGGCCUGCUGAAGACCACCAUCUCCAUGCCCGUGUUCAUCGCUCACGAUCAGGCUCCACCAAAGCCCCCACGCCUCCACCUGGACGACCCCUCGCCUCCAUCUCUGCCCUCCAACCAGAACCACUUUGAGCCCCACCCUCAGAGAGACACGGUCCACAAACAGGCCAACGGCAGCAUCCACCCAGACGAGCACCACCCAUCCCUGUCACUCUUUCAGAACGGUGUUGUGGGUCGUUUGGCGUCGGAGCCGUGCAGGGACAUCUCCAUCUCCCCAAACCUCCGCAGACUCGUCCCGUCCUCUGGAUCCUUCUCAGAGGCGUCCUCUGAGGACUCCAUGUCAGAGACCUGCGGGCCCCUGGAUGUCCGCCGAGGCCUCAGCCUGGACUCGGACGCCGGUCUGAGCAACGAGGAUCUGAGGAGCGAACGCAGCGAGUCGCCCCUCACCACCUACCAUCCGCCCGCUCUCACAGCUCCAUCAGGGGUGUCCCGGUCUGACUCUCUGGCUGGCUUGAACCUGGAUCUGGGCCCGUCCAUCCUUGAGGACGUCCUGAGUAUCAUGGACCGCUACAAGACGGAGGACAACCGCUGUGAGUUGUGAACAGCAGAGACUAACGAGAUGUACAGAUAUUUUUAUACAUAAAGACGCAACGGGAGGACGGAGGUCACAGGAAGGAGGGCGGAGGUCAGAGGUCACUGACAGACUCGUGAAAGUUUAGCACUGGGACGUUGAUGACAGGACAGGCAGCAGGCUGGUCCUGAGAGCCUCCAUCAGAGCUGAACCUCAGACUCACAGACUUUAAACUGUCGGGACACAAAGAGAGAAACUGCAGAACUCAAACCUUUCCUUUCUCUGUACAGCAGCUUCACAUCCUACUGUCUCUGUAUCUCACCUGUGCUGAGUUCUCUGUCCGUUAAAGGUUAAUCUAAAGGAGUCAGAUAUGAACGUCUGUCGGCUGAUUCAGAGGAGCUGUGAACAAACUUCAGGAGCAGCUGAACUCUCUUCAAACUGCAGCUACUAAAAGUCCACUUCUCAUAUCUUUGGAUGUUUGUUUCUGUGUUGGAGAUGACGCGCUCUCAGUCACACUGAGCUGAGCUGCAAACAGAAAGAGCUUCAUGCUGAUUUCAUCAUCUGCUAAAUAUGCACAUGUUUACAGACGAGCUUAGUUUCAGGAUAAAAUGUGAAGAAGUCCUCCUGAAAGAAACCUAACGUAAGCUAACAAGGUCUCUUCUGCCCUCUAGUGUUUCCUCUGAGUAUUGCAGCUCAGUGUAACCGGAGGGGAGCUGAAGACACUGCUCAGAUUAGUUUGACUAAAAACACUAAACUUUAAGAAAUGUGCUGCUUUGUGGAUUCUUCUCUUAUUCUGGUCAUCUUAACACUCCUCUAAAGUUCACUGUCUGCAGUAUCACAGUAGCCUGUUACUCAAAUGUCAUUUAUGCUGCAUACAUAUAUAAACCACUGUACGUGUAUGAAUAAAGCAUUCCAUAAAGAUUAAA